UAAACUUGUAGUCAAAUAAAGUUGUUGUCACUGGCUGUGGCAGAGAUUUCGACAGGUGACGAUAGCAGUCACAGUUUGACACUGAAGGAAAAAACCGUGUCAACGUUAAUUAGCUAACUGAAGUUGAUUUAACGUUAGCAGCAGGCUAACUAAUCUGCUAGUGUGGUUACUGUAACGCAUGUGUAGGCUAAUUAAGCUGCGUUAUCGUGAUGUGAACACAAUGAAAGUUUGCUGGUAACCGCAAUUUACCACCAUUUGCACGGUUGCCAACUUAGCGGUAGGUAAGUGGUUUGCGACCAUGUCAGGGGAGCGAGCACCUUUGCCAAACGGGGGAAACGGCCUACUCCGCGGGAGCCGUACGAGGUCUUACGGCAGUUUGAUCCGAUCCCCGCUCUCUCCGGUGCGUCAAAGACGCAUUGAACACAAAAUUCAGCCAGGAGAAACACUACAAGGCCUGGCCCUGAAAUAUGGAGUCUCUAUGGAGCAAAUCAAAAGAGCAAAUAGGAUGUACACCAAUGACUCGAUAUUCCUGAAGAAGUCCUUAUCAAUCCCUGUGCUGUCAGACAUGGAGGACUGCAGUAACGGGGGGGAUUUAGCUUUAGAGGACAGUGAAGAAGACAGUGCUGAGAAGAAGCAAGAUGAUGGCCAAGAAAGGGCGUCAGACCUUAAUCCAGUGGAUUUUUUGAAAAGGCUGGAUGGCUUGAUAAGUCAGUCCAAGCAGGCUGCUGUCAAAGGAUGCCAGGAAGCAGAGAAAAGGGUUGCCGCCCUAGAAGCAGCUUGCACCAGGACAUCAGACUUGCGACCACUUACAAGGUCGCAGAGUGUCAUUUCAUCUUCCAGAAUGCAGCAGCAGCAGCCAGCACAUGUGGCAGUACCCCUAACUAUCACCAAACUCACUAAGAGAGUGAGAGACAGGGAAGAUGAGAUGUUCCAGCUGUGAUGUGCCAUUUCUGCUGUCUCACUCUGAUCAUUACAGAAACUUUCCCAGAAAGCCAACGUUUGGCCUCCAGGAGAAUAGAGCAUUACACAUAAAGGAAUAGAUCUACACUGAUCCCCCUGCUGCUGUAUGGACUGAAGUCUUUUCAUAGUGCCAUUUUAUAAAACUUAUAAUGGGAAGUUACACUGUCUUUUAACAGGUUUUUAAAAGUAAUAUUGCACUUGUGUAGCCUUUUAUUUGUUGAGACGUACUGUAGAUUAUGAAAAGCUUCAUAUGGUCCAUAACUGUGUUUCGUUUGUUUUCACAUGCAGGAAAUAAAAGCAUGGAAUGUAAAAAAAUUGCAGUCACAUGUUGGUUUAGUCCUAUGACUCUUCAUAUGGUCAAGUCACGGUCAACAAGUGGUUUGUGUGUAAUGCUACCUCAUCGCCAUUGUAUUAUGAUGAGAGAGAUACAAAUCAUGUUCACUGUAAUAUUAAGAGCACAGAAUUCCUCACAAGUUGGUCUUUGUUACAGUUGAAGAAUUUGUAAUAAAAUGUGUAAUGUAACCAAGUUUUAAAAAGAGAGAGGUUUUUAGAAUAUAUUUUGACAGCAAUGUUUUAUUUGCAAUUUUUUUUAUUCCAUAAGUUUUGUAUAGUUCAUUUUAGAAUUAAAAUGUUUUGAUCCCA